CAUAAAACAUUAAGCUUAAAAUUGAUCAUAGGAUAGUCAGGACAGUUAUAUUAAGGCAUUUCAGAAACAGAUCAAUUAGUUUGCAGGUGCAUGUUUGAAAAGUAUGCAAUUAAUAAAAUACCCGUGUCAGCAAAGAAGAAAAGCCGAUAAGUAAGUUAUUUCAAAGACAUAAUGGAGGCAUCCUCAGACUUAUUUUUGCCGGCUGUGUUAUUUACGUUGCUUGCAAUUAUUGUAGCAGCAGUUAUCACAGGAAAAAACAAAUCUCGUGCGCCAUCAAAGUGCACUACUGUUGUGAAUGGAGAAGAAUCGCACAAUAACGAAACGCAUCAUCCAGAGACGGUGCUUCAAUCUAAUGCAAAUACAACCAAAGAUGAAACUAUACCAUCGGAUUCUAGCCCAGAUCAUGAUGAAGUCUGCAGGUCAGACUGUACAGAUUACAGAAGCAGCAGCGGAUGGGAGGAGCUGGAUUCAUCACAGUAUGGGAUGAGAAAUGCUCUGAGGGAUUAUUCUCAGUCACCUGAUGCUGAAGAGAAGCCAUUAAAGUACAUGGCUGGCAUGCUGAGGGCCAGUCAGCUCGAAAAGAUGAUGACCAAAGAAGAACUAGAGGAAGAGCAGAGGGUUCAGCGAGAUCAGCUAGCUGCCAUUUUCCAGCUACUCAGAGACAAACAAGAGACAUUUGGUGAUGUGACACAGAGUGAUUUGGAAGAACAGCUUAAACUCUACUCUAUUUAAGUCUGUCAUAUACAUUAUGUAUUAUACUAUUAUGAUAUACUUUACCAUACAUUGCUGUACAAUGUACUUGCAUAAUGUAUAAUUUAUCUAUUUAGGAAUCCCAAACCUAUUGUACCUACAAGUAGAUGGGAUUUUGCUCAGUUUUGUUUAGAUAUUAUUUAAUUAUAAUUUAACGGUUAUUUUCUCCAUGUAGUUUAUUAUGAAUAAAAUAUUUUGAAUGCAUUACAAAAUAUUAA